CAAUGUCUGGUGCGUCUGAUGUUUUCCAAAAUGGAGUUGUGAUUAAAAUAAAGUUAAAGAAGUUCUGAUCAUAUAUUUAAACUCGCGAUUAUGGGCUUAUGUUUAAUAUAAUAUUAUAAAUGUAUAAUAUUAAUGUAAAACAAAUUAUUUUAUGAUUAAUGUUUCCAUUCUUAUGAUAAUCAUUCUUUAAUGUACCACCACUACCCUUGUCAGGUAACAUAGUAUGUGGGCCGUGAACCAGCCUAGAUAGGCGUAUCAUAAAUAUAUUGUUUUUUAUCAAUAAGUACGAGUAAUAAAUCACGUUUCUUUUUUUGUUUCUGCGGAUCAUUCCUUUUUUUUGCCUUAUAACUUUUUACUGUAAACUUUAUUUUAUACCGAAUUAUGUAAACCCAAGUGUCGACGUUUUAAUCGACGAUAUAGUGUUGAGUGUAAAUUGUUUUUGGUCUCUACUGACGUUUUGUGGACAUGAGUGGAAGGCCUAGGACCACUUCAUUUGCUGAGGGCAACAAAACGUCUCCAAAUCCUCCUUUGGGAGGAAUCAAAGUUAUAAGCAAAGAUGGAAGUAAAGUCACAACGGUUGUGGCUAAUCCAUGCCAGGGACCUGACCGACCUUUGGAAGUAUCCUAUACAGAUACAAUGGUCAUAGGGAAUGGCAGUUUUGGGGUUGUAUAUCAAGCUAAAUUGUGUGAUACAGGGGAGAUGGUGGCUAUUAAAAAAGUACUACAAGAUAAAAGAUUUAAGAAUCGUGAAUUGCAAAUUAUGAAACGCCUAGAUCAUUGUAACAUAGUUAAAUUGAAAUUUUUCUUUUAUUCGAGCGGUGACAAGAAAGAUGAAGUUUACCUAAAUUUAGUUUUGGAAUACAUACCAGACACUGUUUAUAAAGUCGCACGCCAUUAUAGUAAAUUAAGACAAACAAUCCCAAUCAGUUACAUAAAAUUGUAUAUGUAUCAGUUAUUCCGAAGCUUGGCUUAUAUUCAUUCUUUAGGCAUUUGUCAUCGUGAUAUAAAACCUCAAAAUUUAUUACUGAACCCUGAGACUGGUAUAUUAAAAUUAUGUGAUUUUGGCAGUGCUAAAACAUUAAUAAAAGGAGAACCAAAUGUGUCCUAUAUUUGUUCAAGAUAUUAUCGAGCACCUGAACUUAUAUUUGGUGCUAUUGAUUACACUACAAAAAUAGAUGUUUGGAGUGCUGGUUGUGUAUUAGCUGAACUAAUGUUGGGCCAGCCGAUAUUCCCUGGUGAUUCUGGAGUUGAUCAGUUAGUAGAAAUAAUUAAAGUCUUAGGUACUCCUACUAGAGAGCAGAUUAGGGAAAUGAAUCCUAAUUACACAGAAUUCAAAUUCCCACAAAUCAAAUCUCAUCCGUGGUCAAAAGUGUUUCGGAUGCGCACACCACCUGAAGCUGUUGAACUAGUUUCAGUACUGCUUGAAUACACUCCAUCUUUAAGGGUGUCACCUUUACAAGCAUGUGCUCAUACUUUUUUUGAUGAACUGAGGGAUCCACACACAAGAUUACCAAAUGGACGGUCUUUACCUCCUCUCUUUAAUUUUACACAAUUGGAAUUAAGUGCAGCUGGUUCUUUAAAAUCUGUUUUAAUACCUAAACAUUUAAGAGAUUCUGUUGGAAGUGGAAAUGAAGUGUCUGCAGCUAGUGUUGGGUCAUCAACUCCUGAAAAUAUUAAUCCUGAGAGCCCAAAUCACCCGUCUUCAUCAACAACUUCUAGACAAUCUUCUAAUGAAAUAGUUUGAAAUGCAAUUAAAAUUACCCGGGCAAUCAAAUUAAAGAACUAUUUAAAGGUGAAUUACAUGUAUAUCGAAUAAAUAAAAUGUAACUACAAUAUUACCAUAUCUGUAAUAUUUUUAUGUUAUUAAAAUUAGAAAAAAUGAACUAUAGUUUAUUAGAAUGCAGACUUUAUUAUUAGGUAAAUUUGUUGAUACCUAGACUCGGCUAACGGGAAUGGAUAUACAAAUUUUUUAAUUUUUCUUAUGUCAUUUUUUCAACUACUAACUUUUUUUUUUGAUUAUUGGAAAUUAAAUUAUUGGAAUCAAUCAGAAUAACACAAUUAUGUUUUUUCUUCUAAAGAUCUCGUAAAACAUGUAUGCAAUCUUAAUAAAAAAAUAAUUUUUUAAUUUUAAAACUCCAAUACUUGCCUAAUGUAUUAAAUCUUCAAAUGUAAAGAAUGUUAAUAACCUGUUAAAUGAUUUUAAUUAACUAAAAAUUAAUAUUUGUAAAUAUACUGAAUAUUUUCUUAUAUUUUGUAGUAUUUAUACUUAAAAAUGUUAUACGGAUAAUAUAAAGUUUUUAAAUUCUGAUGAAUUUUAUGUGAAUGGCUAAUAAUUAAUUUGUAUGGCUUUAAAUGACAUCUAAAUGUACAUACAAUAGUGUAAAAACAUUUUUUAAGUAUAUCUCCACAACAUACAGACAUUAUCUUGUUAUUUUUCUAUUUUUUGCACAAUUUUGUUCAUUUAUCUUUAAUAAGAAGGGUGGUUUUUAAAAAAAUUUCUUGAUUUUAUAUUCAUAUCUGUAUGAUAUUUAUUACAUAAAAAAUUAUUUAAAUUCAAAUUCCAGUUAAAUGUUUUAAUGUAUCAACUUUUAACUGGUGCGAAAAAUCAAUUUUUUUUUUAUUUAUUUAAAGAAACUUUAUUUAGUUACUGUUUCUGUUGUGUUCAAAUUAAUAAACACCAUUUAAUUAAAAUAUUAAAAAUUUAACUGUUGUAAAGAAGUUAAUUUUAUUCUAAUGUAAUUUAUGAAUAUUUUUUUUUGUAUGAGUCAUCUAUUAUAUUAAUUAUAUUCAUUGAGUUUAUUCACAGUAAUUAGAUUUACUAUUAGUGAAUUUUGCAGACUAAUAAUUAAAAACAAAAAUUCAAGCUAAAAAACAAAUGUGCAAUAGUUCUAAAUCUGUGGUAACAUAUUACUAUCUAGUAUUUAUGACAUUUGGCAAGUAUUUUUCAGAAUUUUAUUAACAAAUGUAAAUUUUGUUAUUAACAAAAUACAAGGCCCAAAAAUACUUUCUAAAUUAUAAACAAUUAUUGGGUAUACAAUUAGAUACUUUUAUUUUGUUUAUUUUAUUUUGCUCAUUUAAAAUGACUAUUAAUAAUGCUGUUAUUAGAUUAUUUUAGAGCUCAAAGUUGUUACUAGAGAACAAUUAUUAGCCGCCUAGCUGCUCUUAAUUAUUUUUUUUUUGUAAAAGUGUAAAUUAUUUAAUGGUAAUAAUUAAUGUGUACAUAUACAUAUAUAGAAAUAGUAUGUGGCUAGUUAUAACAUUUAUAUAAAUAUUUGAGUUUUUAUUUUGAUUGUACAAUGUACGACAUUUGUAAUACUAACUGAUAUUAUUUUCA